GGCUUCAACAUAUAACAUGCAGAGCAAACCCUCGAGUUGCUUGUCCUCGAUUCGUAGCCACCAACACGUCUCACAUUAUUUCUCGAUACUCAACAACCAUGUCUAUCGAGGUUUUCCACUUGCACCUCUCGCAAUCCGAGAGGAUUGUGUGGCUGUUGGAGGAACUCCAAGUCCCCUACAAGUUGCACGUCUUUGAGCGGGAUCCCAAGUCUGGCCUCGCGCCAAAGGAGAUCAAAGACCUGAACCCCGCUGGCACUGCACCCUACUUCCGCGAUGGCACGGUCUCACCGCCCGUCGAGAUCUCGGAAUCCGGCGCCAUCGUCGAGUACAUCCUGACUGUCCACGGCUCCAAGAUCGGCUCCGGGGCGCCGAGGCUGCGACGCACCCCCGACGAUGCCGACUACGCCGCCUAUCUCGAGUGGUUUCACUUCGCCAACGGCACUCUCCAGCCCGCCAUGCUCCGCGCCAUGACUCUCCUGUUCGCGGGUGCCUGGGAAAGCGCCUUCGGCAAGCAGAUGGAUGCCAAGACACACAGCAUCCUCAAGCUGGUGGACGACCGCCUGGCCGACAACAAGUGGCUCGCCGGACAGCAGCUGAGCGCCGCGGACAUCAUGACCGUCUUCACCCUCACCACUAUGCGCGGCUUCUUCCCGCUCCUCGACCUGUCGCCGCACAAGAACAUCCUGAGGUACUUGAAGGACGUGGCCGAGCGCCCUGCGUACCGCGAGGCGCUGAGGAAGGCGGACAAGGGCAUGGAGCCGAUGAUCGAGCCCAAGGUUAAGGCGUUCAAGCAGUUUGAAUCCUUUGGCGCCAUUUACGAGUCGUUAGGGUACUGAGCCGCGUUGAAACGAGAUUCGCGUGUUGCAACUCUCUACACAGUUCAAAUACCGACUGAUACGAAAAUGAGACUGUAUUGAAAGUUCAAAGUGGGUUGAUUGGUUGCAAAGAAGAAAAGGGGGAAACCCUGUUGCUGGAGAGAGACAGUGAGGAGUGGAAGAGAGAAGUGCUGUUUUUCCAGCAACCUCCACACUGGGAACAACAAAAA